CUGAAUUGCCCGCCUCCUAACGGAUUUUGUCGUCUGCUUCUGCCAGGCACCUGCUGGGGAAGCGUGGUGGGCCAGUACGCCCCACCCACCUUCGUGGACGGUGUCGGCUACUGCUGCAAGCAGUGCCCCUACGUGAACCCGAAGCAUGCCCAGAUGACCCUCCACCUGCGCAGCCACGCCGGCCUGCACGUCUACGAGUGCACCGUCUGCAAGCUGCUCUUCCAGUCGCAGAAGCACGUCGAUGUCCACAUGCGCGCCCACGCGGGGGACAAGCCCUUCGCGUGCACCCUGUGCUCCUUCACUUUCCGGCGCAAGGUGGGGCUGCUGGUCCACAUGCGUGGGCACACGGGCGAGAUGCCCUUCACGUGCGGCGUCUGCAAAUCGGCCUUUGCGCGCAAGGGCACCCUCCUGGACCACAUGAAGACUCACACUGGGGAGCGGACCUACGGCUGCAACUGGUGCCCGCAGGUGUUCCGGUCGAGGGUGGCCAAGCUCAGGCACACUCGGAGGACGCACAACGUGUAGACAGGUCUAGGUGCCUUCGUUUUGAAUGCGUAGCAUUUAUAAGGCCGGCAUUGGGCCCUUUUGUACCUGGGCCUGGGACGUAGCCUUGGUGACGUCACGGUGUCCUGUAGUAUCGUGCAACGUCAUGAUGGCGCACGACACUAAUGUUGUGCGACACCAUGGCAUCGUGUACAUAAAGUCGCGCGACACUGAUGUCGCGUCACAUUGCGACGUCGCAUGGCUUGACGUUGCAUCGCGUGGUGAGGGUCGCGUGACCCAAUUUUUUACCGCCAGUCAUGUGACACUGGGCGCCACGUGAUGUGUCCCGACGUCGCGUGAUGUAAUGUCACACGACACUGGGAGUCUGGUGACACUGUGACGCCACCGCCACGGAGGGCCAUGCACUUUGAGCACCUUUCAGAUACACCAAAGAGACGGACAGUUUUCUCGGUUCCUUGAUUUUGGCCUGUGGACAUCGUAACUGUCUUACGCUGUUGCAGACCUGGCAGUGGCGCUGUAGGGGGAGUGUGUACGACAGACGCCUGUCCUGCGUAGCUUGCCCCGUAGUCGAUGGGAACUCGUGCCGUCGUCGGUUGGGAUGCUACGGCGAUGUACGUGUCUCCUCUUCUUUUUUGCCGGUCACUUCUGAAGUUGGCCAUCAGGAUUGCGAAAGCCAACGACGCAAGCUUCCGGCUGCUGUAACAUAUUUUUCUACUGUUUAGGGAUCGUUUUGGAUAGCGGUCGGGUGCCAAAUCCACUAAUCUAGGACAGAGUUUAGGAGUCGUAGCUUUGCCUGGGUGGGAGGGUUUUUAGUAAAUCAAAAUUCCAAAGUGGGAUUACACUUUCCUCGAUGCGAGGAUGUACUAUAACCGGUCGCUGAUGCCAGGUGAACGUUUGCGAGGCCAUAAUUCUAGAGCCCACUGAACUAUUUUUUUUUUUU